UUAUUUAUCACGACACAGGGAGCCCAUGGAGUAGGCACAGGCAUCCCGUGCAAGGCAGUUUCAAGUACAGGUUAUGGAAUGUAGCACCCGUUAUUUACUAGUGUUAUGUUAUAAUAACGGGAAGCAGCGAAAUCUAAUUACCACAUAAUAAGCACACAAUGCACGCAGAGAAUAUUGAUGAUUUGGGGAAAUUUUCAAGAAGAAAAUGUAUGGUCACGUGUUCAUGGCGCAUGAUUAACCAUCACAAGUGUGACAAAUGGUGAGACGUGCCGUCAUCUUGCUGCUCGCACUUUUCGCCGCGCUGACCACGAUCUACAUACACCAGACAUGUAACGACGGCGCGGUCACAAAGGUCAGUCUGAUACCACAGGACGCCCACAGUUUCUCCGCACCCGCGAGAACAUUACGGCGUGACAUACUGAAAAAGGGAAAAGAUAAGCGACAAAACAUUGAGACGGGCUCACGUGAAAUUUUACGCAGAAAUCCAGAGACGAAUGCUGCUGGAAUGGAGUCAGUAAAUCUCACUUCGGGUCGAAAACGCGUGCUUGGAGGGCUAAGACAGGAGGGCAUGCCUGCUGGAAAAGGGGAAAAACAAUUUCUAUACGUGACACAAACAGAGGAGUGUCUACCUGGACAUUUUCUUCGUAAAGACCAGUUAGGACCAGAGGGUGAGACUUACGACUUAUUGGUACUGAGCUGGAAAAGCCAGUGCACUGACCUGUCCAAACAUUACCAUAAUGUACGGUACUUAUACCCGGGCAUUAAUACCACCUGGUCGACAGGAAGGAACAUCUUGUUUGACCAAAUCAUGGAGGAGCCUAAGAAAUACCUUUAUUAUAUCUUCAUGGAUGAUGAUAUAUUCUUGAAUUUCACGGAUCCAUCUCAAGUGACGUUUAAUAGGUCAAGUUUUCUAAACGAAUUCCUACGUAAAAUGGUGCAAAAAAAAUGCCAAGUAUCUAAUGAAAUAAGCUCAGGAAAUUCUUACCGAGAUUUCGAGAAGUUUUUACUGGAGUAUUUGCCAGCUGUGGGGCUGCUUAACUUUUGUUUCGACGGCAGAAAGAAGUGCAUAUCGACAUUUUACCCGGACAUCUGGGACUCCUUAUGCAGAUACCAGGGCCCUGUUCCUUUCCCUUAUGUCUCGUACUCUACAUUCGAUGCCGCCAUCAACGCGUUCCACAGGGAUGCAAUAUCACAUUUAUUGCCGUACCACGUGACUUAUGAGAGAGUCAAUUGGCAGGAAAGUCAGAAGUACCUUAUCCUGGAAGCGGAUAUCAAAUUUCAAGGGCAGGUAUUAUAUAACAUGCUGAUUACGGGAUACGGAACAAAACAUAGGCCGUACCCGAGGCAUAUUAACUGGUUACAAAACUGGGAAAAAGUGCUAGAUGAUCUUAGACCUCAGAUCGAGGCUCGUUAUCGGAAUGAAAGCGAGGUUGUGCCAUUUCGGUUGUUUAAGCGACGGUUUGAUGACUUUCGAAACCCUCUUUCUCCGAAACAGCCAGUAGAGCCGUACAGACACUAUAGACUGAACUGCACUAGGACCUGCCACCACCAGCCAAACAUGUACAGGCUUUACAAUGGCUGAUCACCAUAUAUCCACACGCUACCCAUGUACAGACUCUACAAUCAACAGGCUACCCAUGUACAAACUUUACAAUGGAUGAUCACCUUAUAUCCACAGGAUACCCAUGUACCGGCUUUACAAUGGCUGAUCACCAUAUAUCCACAGGCUUCCCAUGUACAGACUUUACAAUGGCUGAUCACCAUAUAUCCACAGGCUUCCCAUGUACAGACUUUACAAUGGUUGAUCACCAUAUAUCCACAGGCUACCCAUGUACAGACUUUACAAUGGCUGAUCACCAUAUAUCCACAGGCUACCCAUGUACAGACUUUACAAUGGCUGAUCACCAUAUAUCCACAGGCUACCCAUGUACAGACUUUACAAUGGCUGAUCACCAUAUAUCCACACGCUACCCAUGUACAGACUUUUCAAUGGUUGAUCACCAUAUAUCCACAGGCUACCCAUGUACAGACUUUACAAUCAGCAGGCUACCCAUGUACAAACUUUACAAUGGAUGAUCACCCUAUAUCCACAGGAUACCCAUGUACAGACUUUACAAUGGAUGAUCAUCAAAUAACCACAGGGAACCCAUGUAGAGACUUAUAAAUGACAUGCCCUUUUGUCAGGGAUCGCCAGGAAAGCCAUAGGAAGUUCAAUGUAAUGCCCUGCUCAAAACAUGAGCAGGGCAUGAGUAAACAUAAUGUUUCAGUGUACGCACAUAGAUUUUUUUCGUAUGGCUGGAAUAUUCGAUCCAUUCGCAGUAAUGUUUGCUUGUUAAACAUGACCAUCUAAUAAAGUAAAUCAAAUAUUUUCUUCUAAAAA